AUGGCAACUAUAAAUAAUAAUGAUACAUCAUUAGAACCAAUAGCUGUUAUAGGUAUAGCAUGUGAAUUCGCAGGUGAUAUUCAUUCACCAAAUGAUUUAUGGUACACAUUAAAAGAAAGUCAAGAUGCUGGUGGUGCAACAACAAUUGAUCGAUUUGAUCUUGAAUCAUUUAUUGGUCAUAUGCUUAAUAUAAAUAAUAAUGAACAACUUCACCAAAAACUUCUUCGUGCUGAUGCUGCAGCAGCCAGCAUUGAUCCAUGUUAUCAAUUAUUUACGUUAAAAUUUGUUGACUUACUUGAUGAUUCUGGAUAUUUUCUACAACAUUCAUUUAUUGGUGCACAAUCACCUGGUGGAAGAAGCCGAUCAUUUAGUGUUGAUGCUAAUAGUUAUGCUAAAGAUGAUGGUCUUGCUCUUUUAUUAUUAAAACAAUUAAGUGAUGCUGAACGUGAUGGCGAUCCAAUUGAAGCUAAUUGUUCACUUAAAAUUAAUUUAGGACAUACAGAAGGUGCAGCUGGUGUUCUAUCACUUAUCAAAGUUGCUAUGUGUAUAUAUCAUCGUGGUAUUACAACAAAUAUGCAAUUUACUUCACUUAAUCCAAAAAUAGAUGCAUAA